GAGGACGUGGAAGAGGAAGUCAUGGAAGCGGGAAUCGCGGAAGAAGGGAACCCUGGAAGAAAGACAAGUCGUGAUGAAGGUCAACGUGAUGAAGAACACGAGACAAGUGCCGAACCUUCUACUCAAAAUAUUGAGCCCAAUAAUUCAGACUCAAAUUAUGAAUUGGAUAUCAGUAAAGAAAAAUAA